CACCAGGAAGGCAGCUAUUUAGCAGAGGCAGAACAGCUCAAAUAUUCCCAACUCUUGCCACUGCCACAUGUGACCAGUGGGGCUCCGCCUCCCGUUUCAGCCCAGCUGCGCCAGAUCCCUAGCUUGGGGCGGGAGGGAGUCUCUUUUAGAGUGUGAGACCAGCUCAGAUUCCAACUCCUCUUGUACUGUAGCUCCUUGGCUGACAUCAAUUUCCCUCCCUAAGUGUCAGCUGCAGUAGGGAAAUCGAAGAAGAAGGAAGGCGGGAACAGCAUCGAGUACCACAAGUUCCUCCUGAGCUCCUGGAAGAAAAAGGAAAAAGAGGGAAGGAGGCAGCCGCAGAGGCGGCAGCAGAAUCAGCUGAGGUGGCGGCGGCAGCAGCUGAGGCUCCACAUUGCUCAAGGCUCCUAUACCUGCUGUGCGUACCCGGCUCUGGAGGUUCCUUUUUUCUCUCACGGGGGAAGGCAAAGACUCCCCUAUGAACCGCAAGGCAAGCGAGAAUGUGGAGUACACCCUGCGGAGCCUGAGCAGCCUCAUGGGCGAGAGGCGGAGGAAGCAACAGGAUCCAGACUUGGCCAGCGCCUCUGGGGAGCAGAGCCUUAUUGCUGCCACCGAGUCAUUCUGCAGCCUGCAGGGGAGUGGUGGUCCUGGCCCGGGCUCGAGCACCUACCUUGGCAAUACCGGGGAUUUGGAGCGAGCGGCACGGCGACAAUUCCAGCAAGACGAGACCCCAUCCUUCGUCUACGUAGUGUCGGUCUUCUCAGCCCUGGGCGGCUUCCUGUUUGGCUAUGACACGGGAGUGGUGUCAGGGGCUAUGCUGCUGCUGAAGCGGCAGCUCAGCCUGGAUACGCUAUGGCAGGAAUUGCUGGUGUCUGGAACAGUGGGGGCGGCUGCCGUCUCUGCGCUGGCCGGAGGGGCCCUCAACGGCGUCUUUGGCCGCCGCGCCGCCAUCCUGCUGGCCAGUGCCCUCUUCACUGCUGGCUCCGUGGUGCUGUCAGUGGCGCAGAAUAAGGAAACGCUGUUGUCCGGCCGAGUUGUCGUGGGAUUCGGGAUCGGUAUUGCUUCCAUGACAGUACCAGUGUAUAUUGCAGAGGUUUCUCCACCCAAUUUAAGAGGCAGAUUAGUUACAGUUAACACAUUAUUCAUCACAGGAGGGCAGUUCUUUGCAAGUGUUGUUGAUGGUGCCUUCAGUUAUCUUCCAAAAGAUGGAUGGAGGUAUAUGCUGGGUCUUUCAGCUAUCCCAGCAACAAUACAGUUCCUUGGAUUUCUCUUUCUACCGGAAAGCCCAAGAUGGCUCAUUCAGAAAGGACAGACUCAGAAAGCUCGGAGAAUUUUGUCACAGAUACGAGGCAACCAGACAAUUGAUGAGGAAUAUGAUAGUAUCAAAAACAAUAUUGAAGAGGAGGAAAAAGAAGUUGGUUCAGCUGGACCUGUGAUCUACAGAAUAUUGACUUAUCCUCCAACUCGCCGAGCUUUAAUUGUGGGUUGUGGCCUACAAAUGUUCCAACAGUUAUCAGGCAUUAACACCAUCAUGUAUUACAGUGCAACCAUUUUGCAGAUGUCAGGAGUUGAAGAUGACAGACUUGCAAUAUGGCUAGCCUCAGUAACAGCUUUCACAAAUUUCAUCUUCACACUAGUUGGAGUCUGGCUUGUUGAGAAAGUGGGCCGAAGAAAACUUACACUUGGCAGUUUAGCAGGUACUUCUGUAGCACUCAUUAUCCUUGCUUUGGGAUUUUUGCUGUCAGCUCAGGUCUCACCACAAAUCUCUCUUAAGCCAACAGUUCCUUCAGAUCAGAACUCUUCUUGCACAAAAUACAGUUCCUGUGAUGGAUGCAUGCUUGAUCCAGGCUGUGGAUUCUGCUAUAAAAUGAACAAAUCAGAUGUGGUCGAUUCCUCGUGUGUUCCAGUCAGUAAAGCAUCAUCAAAUGAAGCUGCCUGGGGAAGGUGUACUAAUGAAACCAAAUUCAAAGUAGAAGAGUUAUUUUGGGCUUAUAAUUUUUGCCCAACUCCAUAUUCCUGGACUGCACUUUUGGGCCUAAUUUUAUAUCUGGUUUUCUUCGCCCCUGGAAUGGGACCAAUGCCUUGGACAGUGAAUUCUGAAAUCUAUCCACUUUGGGCAAGAAGUACAGGAAAUGCAUGUUCAUCUGGAAUAAAUUGGAUUUUCAAUGUUCUGGUUUCACUGACCUUUCUACAUACAGCAGAGUAUCUUACAUAUUAUGGAGCCUUCUUUCUCUAUGCUGGAUUUGCUGGUUUGGGACUCAUUUUCAUCUAUGGUUGUCUUCCUGAGACCAAAGGGAGAAAACUAGAGGAAAUUGAAUCACUGUUUGAAAACAAAUUAUGUACAUGUGGUACUUUAGAUUCUGAUGAAGGGAGAUACAUAGAAUAUAUUCGGGUGAAGGGAAGCAAUUAUCAUCUUUCUGACAAUGAUGCUUCUGAUGUGGAAUAAGUUUCAGAUGCUGACCUAUCUAAACAUUAAAAAAAAAAAACUUCUGGGGGAAGAAUAAGUUUUUGGUGCCCUUACUGUCUUAUUUCUGGCCUGGAUUUCCUUUUUACAUUCUAGUUUUAAAUACCUUCAUAAUUCUAAAAUAAUUGGAUAUGAGAUAAAUUUUCUUCAGGAGCAAAGAUAAGAAAACUGAUUCACAAAUAUCUAAAUCUACCAAUUCUUGGCUAAAAUUUGGUAGUCUCUGCUUAGUGAAAAAUACAUUUAGUCCCCUGACAUUCUUAUUUUCUGACUAGCAUAAUAUUUGUAACAAUUUAGCAAAUAGAAAACAAUUUAAAACAUUACAAUGUGAUUUCCUUCUUGCUGAAAAAAUUUUGGCUGCUAUAUGUGGGGUGUUACUCCCCCAAAAUGGCAUACCUGAAAUCAGUUUGAUCAGCCAUAAUUUACCUAUUAAUGACCAUUAAUUAACAAAGUGUUUAAAGUUAUGUCAAAGUACUAAAAGUCCCUUCUAUAAAAGGACACAGUUCUACUUCUCACCAUUAUAAUUUAGUAGAGUUUCUCUUUGAUGCCAAAUUAGGUUUUAAGAGAAGAUGCAAUAGAUUGACUCUGCAUUUAGGAUCUUUUGAGGAUAAUUUUGCUAACCUUAAUUGUCACACAUAAGCUAAUACAGUUUGAUGAAUGCAUUUAUUUGCCAGGAUAAUAAUAAAAGGGUUUUGACUGGAUUCCCUAAUUAAAUAGUAAUUUAGGUACCGAAAUGCAAACAGAAAAUAACAUCAGAUCACCAACUAUUUCAAGAAAUGCUUUUUAUGGUUCUUAAAAUACCAAUUAAUAAUGACCUCUAGCUUACUGAUAUCCAUGUCCUGCUAAUUUUUCUUUUAUUAACACUGUACAAAUAACUCCUAAGAGAUUCCCUAUUAAUUUAAUCAAAAUGACUUCUGAAACAGUAACAAAAAGUUAGUGAUACAAAUAAGUCUGUUUUAGUUAUAUUUAUUUCCUUAAAAAUAGUUUCCCCCCUCUUAAUUAUUGUUAUUAUUAUUAUCAGUUUUAAAGACACAAAUCAUAUACUGCUACCUAUUUGGGUUUGUGAAAUUUUACCGCUACCCAAUUCUCUUUUUUUAUUCUUAAAGAAUACAUUGGUUUGAGGUUCGCACAUCCUCCCAAUUUUUCUCAUGUUAAAUUAAGAAAACAGAUUUUUAUUUUUAUGCCUGACUUAGACUUUUCCUUCCCCUAGCUAAAAUUGAGAUAUUAGUUAUUGAAUAAGUUAGUGAAUGAGAUGCAUUUAUAUCAUCAUUUAAAAUAUAUUUGUUUAAUAUCUUUAAGUAGUUAAUUUUUCAUUGCCAUAUUUUACCCUUUAUAAUUUGAGAAGUUAAUGUAACUACAAAUUAACAAUCUAAAAAGCCUGGAAAAUGUUUAUCUAACUCAAAUAGCAUUUGCAGAACCUUUGUUUUAGCAAAGGAAAUAUAUAUAUUAUGAACACCUGAGGGGCUAAUGUUCAGUACAUUAAAAAGACUAGAAAACUCCCUGUUAGAGAUAAGACAAUAUCAUUUCUUUCACAGUUGCUAAUUGUGUUAAUUUCCCUGUUAAUUUAUGAUAGCUCCACAAGAUGGAGAUUUUCUUUUUUUUGUUUCAUACUGAACUUAAGACAGGACAUUAGUCUGCUGUUGAAUAUUAACCUCAACAGAGAUAAUCUAAUAUUUAAACAGACAAUGGAUAAAUAUUACUUAGAAGUAAAAGAUUGACAAAUAUCAUUAUUUGCCCCUAGAUUUGUUCAUUAAUUCCUGAAGUCUUAUUUCUGUAAUUAUGUCAGAGUCAAUAGAAUAUGUAACGAAUGCAACUGUAUCUCAAAUUCAAAUGUACUUGCAACUCUUUAGGAGAUAGUUAUGAUUACAAAGCACUGAUGCAUUUUUAGAAAAUAUAAACAAAAGUAUGUUUUGGAAAUAAUUCAUUUCAAUUCAGUAAAAAUUUCUUAAGUGCUUACUAUGUGCAAGGUACUAUGCUAGGAGCUGGAGAUACAAAAACAAAAAUAAAA